AUGAAUGCUUCGCCGGAUUCGUCAAAUAGGAAUCCUCAGGCGUCAUUAACCUGGCGGGUAUGGCUGUCAUACGGGCUUGGUCAUGUGAUAAAUGACAUAUGUGCUUCUAUGUGGUUUACUUAUUUACUUGUAUUUUUUCACUUGGUUUUAAAUUUUGAUCCAAUUAAUGCUGGAACUAUUCUACUUAUAGGACAAAUAGCCGAUGCAGUUUCGACGCCGUUUGUGGGUAUAGAAUCAGACAAAAACAAUGGCAUGUGGUGCUUUAAAUAUGGAAAAAGGAAAACGUGGCACCUUAUCGGAAUAAUUUGCAUUAUAUGUAGUUUUCCAUUUAUAUUUACUCCAUGCAUUGGAUGUAAAGGAGCUCAUAUAUAUGCUCAAGUGAUUUAUUAUGCUUCAUUUGUUAUUAUAUUUCAAUUCGGCUGGGCAGCAGUGCAAAUUUCUCAUUUAGCAUUAAUACCUGAGCUCACUUUAAAUGAAAACGAAAGAACUCAGUUAACAUCCAUUAGAUACAGUUUUACAGUUGCUUCAACCAUUUUUAUUUAUGUUGUUACUUGGAUUUCAUUGAAAUCUGGAGAUGGUUAUAAUUCUACAACAUUAAUAGGUCCCAGUGAUUAUUUUCAAUUUCAAAGAGUUGUUUUCAUUGGUUUAACUAUUGGACUUAUUACUUCCAUUAUAUUUCAUUUGGGAGUAAAAGAAAACUUAAUAGAAAACACUGUGAUAGGAGACAGACCAAAAAAAAAAAUUUUGCAUUUUAUCAGGGAAAAUAAAUUUUAUCAGGUGGCUAUCGGAUAUAUGUGCAGUCGCCUCUUAGCAAACAUAUCUCAGGUUUAUAUACCUCUGUAUGUUCAUGAGACACUUUUAAAGAAACCAGAAAAUUUAGCAGUUGUACCGCUACUAAUGUAUUUAGGAAGUAUUGCUGCAUCUACUAUAGUUAGUUCCUUGAAUAAAAAUUUUGGAAGAAAAGUCUCUUACGUUUUCGGAGCAGCCAUUGGCCUUUCUGCAUGUUUAUGGAUAAAAUUUGGUGUUCAUGGUGAUAUUGAAAUUUACCCCUGUGCCAUCUUGUUAGGUAUAAGUGGAUCAAUAUUAAUAGUAACAUCGUUGGGAUUAACGGCAGAUUUAAUAGGAUUUGACACAUCGACUGGUGCCUUUGUUUACGGAGCCAUGAGCUUUUUUGAUAAAUUAUCUAACGGAAUUAUCGUUAUGGUUAUUCAAUACAUAAAAUGCGGAGAGUGUCCAAAUUUUUACAAGGACAGCAUCGUGUACGUAUGCGGAGGAUCUGCCAUCAUCGGAGUUUUGGCUGUCGUGUCGAUCAAAUCCGUUAUGAAAAGAACUGAUCUUUCAGAAUCAUUAAAUGAAACAAAACCGCUUUUAUAA